AGUUAGAGACUAAAGUGUAAUUUUUCAACUUGAUGACACAGCCAGAGUCAGUUAAUUAAGAAGUAAAUGUCCUACAUCUGGUUCUAUGUCGUUAAUCCUAUGUAUUCGCGGUAUUUUCGGUUUUCGUAUGAAGUUGCGAUAGAUCGAAGAAUUGUAGCUAUCAGAGAAAAUAGUGGAAAUAGGUUGGAGGGAAAUGAAUGUGCUUCCAUAUGGCAUUUUACUGUUGUCGGAGGUAAUUGCGAAUAGAAGAAAAUAUCCUGAGUCAUUGGUAAUGAAAGGAUAACGCAAAGCGCAGAACGCUUACAAAUCUGAUCGCGUGGUUAGAACCUCGCAAGACCUCGAAAUCGAGAGACGGAAGAGAAACAUGCAAGUGGGAGAGGGCUCCAACGACGGUAGUCGUCCCUGGUUUCGAGUCGGACAGCUCAGUUCAUUUGGUUGGUAGAGGCGAACGGUGGUGUAUAGUACGACAGCUGAUUCUGGACACUGUUGCGAUCGUUUCUCUCUGCUGUCAGUGGAUACAGUACUGCGGAUCGUUUAGUUGGUUCGCGAUUCGAUUUUCGCUUAUGCGUGUACGCACAACGGAGACAAUUGCGAUCCUACCGAAUACUAUUCUUUCCUCGAAAACGAAUGCGGCCUUGCAAUUUGAAAAUCUUCUCAUCGAUCAUUGGAAAAGCCAAGACAAGGAUCAAAGACGCAUCGUAGCGAUUCACUACGGCCUAGCUAGCCUAUGUACAGACCGGGCUGCUCCACGUUCUACUGUGAUUGCCGUGUGAUCACUAUUUUCUUGUGAAACACGACCGUUGUGUAUAGUGCAGCGAUCAAAGAAAGGGCGGAGAGGCAGAGAAUGCACAGCGUCAUCAUCGGGGUAUGAUUUCGGACGCUGUUAGGAUACCUAAAUUUAAAUUCGACCGAUGCAUCAACAGAUGAUGGCAGAUUUAAAGAAUCUCGCUCUGGCUGGUGGAGGAUCUAGAUACAGUGGGGAUGAACAGGUACAGUUCAUUCCAGGUGGAAGUCAUCAGGUGACCAUUAAAUCGCCUCCACCUUCACUGCAUUUGGAAAGUCUGAACAAUGCUGUUCUCAGUGGCUCGCAAAAUAAUCUCCAUUGCAAUUGCAAUGGUAGUGCGUCUAAUGGUACCGCAGUUGCAAUGUGUAGCAGUAGUAUGUUCGCGAGAAAAGUACCAAACCAUAGUCCAGGACAAGAUGGCAAAAGGCCGGCAGUAACAUUGACGCAUUUACCGAAGAGGCCACCGGUUGACGUUGAGUUCAAGAACUUAGCGUACAGCGUAUCCGAAGGCAGAAAGAGAGGGUACAAAACAAUUUUAAAAUGCGUAAACGGUAAAUUCCAAUCGGGAGAACUGACCGCUAUCAUGGGUCCUUCAGGUGCUGGGAAAAGUACACUGAUGAACGUUUUGGCAGGUUACAAAACAUCUCACUUGAGUGGUUCUGUUUUGAUAAACGGAAAGGACAGGAAUCUGAGGAGAUUUCGAAAGAUGUCCUGUUACAUAAUGCAAGACGAUCGUCUUUUACCUCAUUUAACGGUCUAUGAGACAAUGACUGUUUCGGCUAAUUUAAAAUUAGGAAAAGACAUCAGCGCGAGGGAAAAGAGAGUGGUGAUCGAAGAAAUCAUCGAAACGCUCGGCCUAAGCGACGCGAGCAAUACACAAACCCACUGUCUUAGUGGAGGGCAGAGAAAAAGGCUAUCAAUUGCAUUGGAACUUGUUAACAACCCUCCGGUGAUGUUUUUUGAUGAACCAACUUCUGGCUUGGACAGUUCGACUUGUUAUCAAUGUUUAAGUUUGCUCAAAUCGUUAAGCAGAGGAGGAAGGACUAUUAUAUGUACGAUACAUCAACCAAGCGCUCGACUGUUUGAAAUGUUCGAUCAUUUGUACCUUUUGGCCGAAGGUCAGUGUAUAUAUCAAGGAAACGUUGGUGGCCUGGUACCUUUUUUAUCGUCAAUGGGCUUGGAAUGUCCUAGUUAUCAUAAUCCAGCGGAUUACGUUAUGGAAGUGGCAUGUGGAGAACACGGAGAAUGCGUGCAUAAAUUAGUCAUGGCAGUAAAUAACGGUAGAUGUGCUAAUUAUCAGCAACAUCAGGCUACGAUAAAUGCAGUGCAAACUGUAUCGAAUGACAUCGCAAAAGAAUCGCCGCAGCAAGAAACAAAAUCUGAAUCUGCUUUAAUACCAAACGGUGUGACAAAGCAACCGAAUGGCGGGACGGUAAUCAACAUACCAAUCUCUUGUACGACUUCUUUGUUGGACAGUGCGGAGAGUAUAGAACAAAAAGUUGGCUUUCCAACGAAUAGUUGUACCCAAUUUUGGAUCCUUCUUAAAAGAAUAUUCUUAUCGCAAAUAAGAGACAUGACAUUAACGAGAGUAAGGCUGAUUUCCCAUAUAAUCGUUGGAUUCCUCAUUGGUGCAAUUUAUUACGACAUCGGCAAUGAGGCCUCAAAGGUAAUGAGCAAUGCCGGUUGCGUCUUCUUUACGGUGAUGUUUCUCAUGUUCACUGCUAUGAUGCCUACGAUUCUUACGUUUCCGACAGAAAUGGCUGUAUUCGUGAGAGAACAUUUAAAUUACUGGUAUUCUGUGAAAGCUUAUUAUCUUGCGAGAACUUUAGCCGAUGUACCCUUUCAAAUAGUGUAUUCUAUAGCAUACGUCAUUAUCGUAUACUUCAUGACGUCGCAACCAUUGGAAACAAAUAGAUUCAUGAUGUAUUUAACUAUAUGUAUAUUAACAGCGUUAGUUUCGCAAUCCAUCGGUUUAGUAAUAGGUGCAGCGAUGAGUGUAGAGAGCGGAGUAUUUAUUGGCCCUGUAUCGUCAGUGCCCAUCAUUCUGUUCUCCGGUUUCUUCGUCAAUUUUGAUGCCAUUCCAAAAUAUCUCAAGUUUCUUUCAUAUGUGAGUUAUGUCAGGUACAGCUUUGAAGGUGCCAUGAUUUCUGUAUAUGGUUAUAAUCGUGCUAAGCUCAAGUGUUCUGACGCUUACUGCCACUUCAAGAGCCCGACGAAGUUCCUGGAAGAAAUGUCGAUGCAAAACGCUGUCUUCUGGCUAGACGCCGUUGCGUUGGCAGGUUUUUUGCUUACCUUGAGAGUGAUCGCCUACUUUGUACUGAGACUGAAAUUACGAUCUCUUCGUUAAAACACACAGUGAAUAUAAUCGAUGAUCACUUGGUCGUCAUCGUGUUAGGAAUAUUCGUUUUACCUCAAUUUAGCCCGAACGUGAGAGCUGACAAGUCUUCUUCGGAAAUUCGCGGUUACGAUUCUAAAUUUCGAUUCUUUCUCUGAAAAUAGAAAUACCCGGACAUUUAUGUAUCAAAAUAACAUAACAUACAUGCCUGAAAAUGGCGCGAUGAAAUGUUUUCUUUUUCAUUUGUCGUCAACUAUUAAGAUUUUCUACUUUCUACUUACUGGAAUUCAUCAUCUCAUUUACACGCUCAUGUUGCAAAUGAGAAAAUCGCCUUUAAAACGUUCUAUUAUGAAGGGUGUACAGUGCUUCAUUACCUCGAGUUUUUUUUUUGAAAGAAACGAAGUUUAAAAGGAAGCCUUCAUUCUCAAUAACGCAUUUCCAAUAUCAAUUGCAAUUAAUGUAAUUUCUGCCAUGUAAAUACAAAUUGUAAAUGUUGAAGAAAACAUUCAUAUUUCACGCAAACUCAAAGAGAUACGUAUGUUGUUUCAUACGAUCAAAUGAGAUGACUAACAAUAGUAGACACAAACGAAUGGUACGCAUAAAAGAACACAGUUUAGGCAUUUUUAACACAAUAGAGUGCGCCAGAAUUACAUUGAAAUUGUAAAUCAUCGAUAAUAGACCGAAAAGAGAUCA